CUGAGGCAGUGGCCAAGCUCUACCGAUGGGAAGGCCUCCUUGCUGUGAUAACAUUGGCAUCAAGAAAGGACCAUGGACUCCCGAGGAGGACAUCGUCUUGGUCUCUUAUAUUCGGGAACAUGGACCUGGAAACUGGAGAUCAGUUCCCACAAGCACAGGGUUGAUGAGAUGCAGUAAGAGCUGUAGAUUGAGAUGGACUAACUACCUCAGGCCUGGAAUCAAACGCGGCAACUUCACUCCGCAUGAAGAACGAGUCAUCAUCCAUCUCCAAUCCUUGCUUGGCAACAGAUGGGCUUCCAUUGCCUCUUACCUUCCCCAAAGAACCGACAAUGAUAUCAAGAACUACUGGAACACACAUCUCAAGAAGAAGAUCAACAAGAUCCAGGGAGCUGCAGAUGCAGAUGGAAAGAAGCCCUCUUCUGAUGCUAGGCCCGAUUGCCAUGACUACGUGUCCCAAAUCUACAAGAUGAUGGAAUCAAGGAAGCAGUACCGCGCCGCCACACUCCCCAGCUAUCACCAGAAGUCGAGGUAUGCCUCCAGCAGCGAGAACAUCUCGAGGCUCCUCCAGGGGUCGAUGCAGUCAUCGCCAACGGUCAACGCUCCAGGGAAGUCGAAAGAAUCCUGCUCCACCGCCGACGAUGACGACGAUGAGAACAGCAACAUCAUCACCGCCCUUACAGCAGCCUCACUAACGGAGAACAGCCAAGCUGAAGGCGACCGAGGGAGCUGCGCCCCCAUGACGCACGAUGACUUCGACCUGCUGCAUUCCUUCGAAAGCAUGGACACUGUUCCCCGGGAGAACACCGGGACGGAGACGCCCUUCCAACCCGCAGAAGCCGAUGAUGCUGAAGCCCAGCUGGGCGCCGAGAGCGACCAGCCUCCGUUGUUCUUGUUGGAGAAUUGGCUCCUGGAUGAGGCCUCGGCGCAGGUGGAUGAGCUCAUGAAGCUCACUGCUGAUUCUUGCUCAUACUCGAUCUUCUAACUUUGUUCGUUCUCCCAAUGACUCUUCUAGCAAUUGGAUUUAUAGGGA